AUGUCAUUACCUUCAACAACUACAUUAUUCAACGAACCUAGAACAGAUUUCCAUUUGAAAUUGAAUGAACAGUUGUUUCAUAUCCCAUAUUCUCUUCUACAAAAAAAUUAUGAUCGAUUUCAAAAUAAAUUGACCACUUAUUCAGCUAAGAUCCAUGCUAUGAGUGCCAAAAUCGAUAAUUUAUUGUCUUGUAAGGAUUUGGGGAACGAUAAGUUGGCAUUGAAAGAAUUAAACGACUGUAUAAAGAUAACUGAACACUUCGAGAAAUCCAUCAAAUCGAUUGUUAAUAACGAAUUAGAGAUCCUAAACAGAAUUGAGCAAAGAAUCAAGUUUUUCCAAGACUUGCAAAGGUAUAAAGAUUCAAAGGAUAAAUUGGGACUUGUUCAAUGGUACCAAAAAUAUACAAAUUUACUGAUUGGCGAUUAUUUGACAAGAAACGGUGACCUAGAUGAAAAUACUUUAGAAAACCCCGGUGUUAUCUUUCUAAAACAACAAGAUAUAGAUAGUCUUUUAGACUAUAAAAUACUACUUAAUGCAAACAAAAUCUCAAGAUCGUUAUUAAAGAAUCAUAAUCUAACUUAUUUAAUCGAGUUUGUCAAAGAGAAUGAAGCGUAUUUAAGAGAUAAAAAAUCUAAUUUGGAAUUUCUGACUAGAUUUCAACAAUAUAUUGAAUUACUGAAGAAGCAUGAUUAUGACAAUGCAAUAAACUGUUACCAAAACCAUUUAAUUAAGUUUUUGGAUACAAAUUUUAAUGAUUUGCAGAUUGCAUCUGGCUUAAUGAUCUAUAUGGAAACAUGUCAGAAUCUGCUAGUCACUAUGCAAAGAGAGAAUAAAUUAAAUAACUAUGAAUCAACACCUUUUAUGGAACGAUUGUCCACAUAUGAACAAGAUCCAUCGUUGGCAUUCAAUCAUUUCUUUAAAAAUAAAAAUUACUUCUCAUUAGCAUCAGAUUCGGAUAGUAACAACAACAAUGACAACAACAAUAAUGAUAAUAAUAAAUUCUCUUCAAAAACAAACUACUCACUUAACAGCCAAAAGGAUAAAUUUUUUAAAAGAGAAAACUUAAUACAAUACUUAGAUCUGUUGGGUGACAACAAUUGGGUUAAAUUAAAUGAAUUGUUCUUAGAUGAAUAUUAUUCAAUGUAUGGGAUAUCUAGAAAUGAACCGCUUUUAAUAUAUCUAUCUCUAGGUACUUCUGUUUUGAAAACAAAAGCAUGUUUUCAUGACAAGAAUACUUCUAUACUUGAACAAUAUAAUAAUAUCUUGCAUAACAGGUAUGGUAGCAUUGAUAUUAACGAGUUAGAUAAUAAGACUAAUGGAAAUGACAGUAGAGAUAAUGGUGGUAUUGAAAAUAAAGAUAAAUCUGCCGCAUAUUAUGAAAAUAUAGUUGAUAAUGAAAAAAAUUAUAAUCCAUGUCCAAUUUGUAAUAGCCCUUUCAAACAUAUUGCGGAACAUCUACCUUACGCCCAUCACACCGAAUCCAAACUGUUUGAAAAUCCAGUAAUGUUACCCAAUGGUAAUGUUUACGAUGCAGAAAGAAUAAAAUUAUUAGCUAAACAACUAAGGGCAAGAAAUAUAAUGCACCUACAAGAUAAGGAAAUCUUCGAUCCUAUUGAUAAACAAAUAUAUAUGGAGGCAGAUUUCAUUAAAAUGUAUCCAACUUAA